CGCUGCUUAUUUUGGUUGUGCUGUUCGAUACAAUUUCGCUUAAAAUUUCAGUUUAUUCUUUGAUUUUGCAAUAGUUUAGUUAUUUUAUUGCUAAAAAUAGUUCUUCUCAACACCAAUGAAUUGCCAAAAUAAUAAAAUGUGAUGAGUGAUUCGGAUGAUACGGAUGUUUUGCUGCUUAUUCCGCCGGAUUUUUUCAACAUCGGUACGGCUUCCGUUACUCCGGUUUCGCUCCCAGCCGAAUGUGGCUUCCGUUUCCAACGUGGUGACUAUCCGUACGCCUCGGAGCUCCCAAGUGCCUUCAACGAAUCUCUGGGAUUGAAUUCCUACAAAAGUUCCAUCGCAACAAUGAGUGGCCACAGAAGUGCUUUCGGCCCGUCCGGUAAUUACGCUUUCCAAACUGAGGGCGGAGGAUAUCUGUAUUACUCGACGCCCAUCAAGGGUCAUCUGGGAGGCACUGACCAACAACCACAACCAAACAGUCAAUUCGUGCUGAACGAGAUCGAUCAAUUCCUGCAAGUGGAAAACAAACCGAGCAAUCAACUGCUUCUGCCGCAAAAUGAACCCCCCAAGAGUCCAGAACAAUCCCUCAUCGACCUGAACAGCGUGUCGGUCAACGAUUAUCCCUCGCUCACUGCCAGCGAUUUCAACAACUUCACCACUAAAGCAUCAGUUCCGCAGAAACCUCCCCGUAAGGAGACGAUUCAGCAAUCUUCGAGUCGAUCUUCCCUCAGCCAAGCAAGGCCACCGUUGCUCAGUUUGAAUGAAAUCUGGAACAGCAAUGCAGUCAACCAGGAGAGUUCCAAAGUGCAGGAGGAGCGUCUCAGGAGGCAACACUGUGAACGGAAUAUUCAAGCUUUGCAGGUCAAGCUGCUUGAGUACGAGCAGAAGAUUGCCGUUGCCGUGGACGUGGACAAGGAAAAAGAGACGAUCAUUUUGCGACUGGAGGAGGAUGUGCUGCGACUAAAUCGUCAAAUUCACGACACAGAGUCGAAGCACACCGAAAGCCAAGAGAAACUUCUCCAAGAAAACAUGGAAAUCAAAAACAAAAACCUCUUCCUGGAGAAAGAACUCUCCGAGACCAUCGCCGUUGUCCGUAAACUGCAGGACAAAAAUGAAUCGCUCGAAUCCAAAGUGGAAAGCCUCACCUCUUCCAACCGAGAUGUGACCGAUGUUCACAAAAACCAACUUCGUGAUUUGGAAAUCCGACUAGCCAACAGUAAAGACGCCGAACGCAGCUUGAAGGAACAAGUGGCAAAGUUUAGGAAGUCGAGCGAUCAGCUCAGAGACGAGCUGGAAGCCGAACGGAAGAAAUCCGAAGAAACCAAUAAGCUGCGAGGGGACUACGCAUCGCUCAAGGUUAAGACUGAUAAUUUAAGCAAAAAGUUUGGCGAAAUGAACGGUCAAAAUGAAACACUCAAAGAGCAAAUCAAGGACCUGAAAGGGCAGGUUGAUUCGCAUAUGGAGGAAAAGAAAAAGCUCAUAAAAGAACUGGAUAUCCAGCGACUUUCGCUCAAAAAGUACUACCAAGCCCAGCUGGAAGAUGUUGUAGCCGAUAAGCUAAAAGAAUUCCAAAAACAGCUGGCUUCCGUUGAAGAACAACUAAAAUCCGAAGCGAAGAGAAAAGAGCGACUCAUCGCAGAAAGAGCCAUCAAGCAGAUAGAGCUGAUCAAUCAAACCAAUGAGCAGGAGAUCAAACUACUCAAUGAGAAGUGCAAUGAACAGGAAUCCCUUUACCGUUUGCAAUUGACCAACUCUUCCAAAACCAUACAUGAACUGCAGGAAAAACUGGAAUCCUACCAGAACCGGAGGGCAGACAUUGCCGAACAAUUGCACUCCAUCAUGGAAACACAGUGGCAAAAAGCCUUGGAAGUGCUCACAUCCCCCGCCACGGUCGCAGCAGACGACGAAGAGCCCCAAAUGCUCAACCGUUUCAAAAGGCUUUCCGUCGAUCAUCUCGACAAGGACCAACUGGAUGGCGUCAGGGUGCUGAAAGGGAUGGCCGAUAAGGAGUCCUGCUACCAGAGCACGCCGGUCAGCAGUAAGCCGGCUGGAAUGCGCAAUUCUGGCGAUCGAAGUACGCUGCCACGUGAUUUACUGCACAACUAUAUAGAGCUAUUGUUGGAGAAAUCUCCAAGCGAUUUGAAGGGUUUGGAGGGAGUGCUGCUGGCAAGUGGGAAAAAGGAGCAGAGGGAAAAGCCCGCUGCACAGCAGAAUCUAGCAAAGAUUCAGAAUGCUAUGUCCUCUUCGGUGUCCAGUUUGAAUCAUCUCAGUCGAACACUGGGGAAAAGUCCACGACCCUGGAAGUGAUGUUUGUAGGUAUGUAUGUACAUGUAUGUUACAUUUUUAGUUUUUCAAUCGUACUU